AUGGCGCCGGGCCCCGCGGCGCUGCCGGUGCCGCUGCUGGUGGCGGCGGCCCGGGAGGCGCAGGGGCCCGGCCGGAGGCGGCGUUUGCCCGCGGCCCGGGCGCUGCAGGCGGCCGGGGAGGUGCUGGCGGUGGCGGCGGGGCUGAAGCCGGCGCUGCUGUGGGACUGCGGCCCCGCGGGCCCGGCCGAGCUGCGGCGCUACCUGGGCCGGCUGCGGGAGGCCGGGCUGGCCGCGGAGCGGCUGCACGUGCUGGCCGUGGGCGGCUCGGCGCUGGUGCUGCGGCCGGGGCCGGCCCGGGACCGGCUCCGGGACCGGUCCCCGCCGCUCGUGGAUGUGUCGGCGGCGCGGCGGGGCCCGGCGCUCUGCGGCCCUGACGAGGCCCGGGCCGUGCGCCGCCACCUCGCCGCCCUGCUGGGCCACCUGCGGGACGCCGAGGCCGCCGGAGCCGAGCCGGUCACCGCCAGCGAGGUGGAACCCGGCGGCUGGAACCUGUGCACCGUGGCCGGGCUGCUGCUGGGCUACCCCGCCGUGUACACCUUCGCCGAGGGCGCCGAGAACUGCCUGGCGCUCACCCCGCUGAGGGUGUUCACGGCCCGGGCCCGCUGCCCCCGCAUCAAGGACGGGCUCCGGGUGCAGAUCUGCUCCUUCAGCGUCCCCGAGAGCCUGUGCGCCGAGCUCCGGGACGUGCUGGAUGCCUGGUGCCGGCAGCUCAGGGAGGCUUUCGGUGCUCAGAGCGACUUUGUAGAUCUCUGCAUUUCCAGCGAGGUCGUGUCUCUUCCAGCGGUCGCCUUGUGAAGCACGUGUGUUCUCAGACGUUUUAGCCUUCCUCACUGCAUCAGGGACCAAGGCAGAAGAUCCAGCUCCCUGUGUGUGUUGUCCCCUGCGUCUCUCGUGGGCCUUGAGCACUGAAGGCUGAAUUGUUACAGUCACCGCAGGCCGGUGGCAAAACCAAAUACAUUUUCUUUAAAAAAAAAGUGUGCUCCCAGAUGCUCUGCUGCCUCAGUCCUGCCUGCCUGCACAUCACACCCUGCAAAGUCAGUGUGUGUUUAUUUGCAGUGGGCAGCUGAAGAUGAAUAAAUGAUUUGAACACCA